AUGCCGCAGAAGAAUAAGUACGAGCUGUACACCGAAUGCAUCACUGGCACUCUGUUCACCACCCCGAGACAGAAUAAGAGCAUCAAGGCGUACCGUAUCCGUCCGUCCGUUGCCCACCAGGGUUUUUCCAAAUGUGAGAAGCCGAACCCGUUUGUCCGUCUCCAUCUACUUGUCCACGACUUCCGUUAUCGCGGCCUCUCUUCAGCUCGUCGCUGA